GAUAAAACUAAGCAUGCUAGUUUCAAAAAAUAUAAAUUUUGCCUAAAAAGCUUUUCAAGUUUUUUGACUAAUUUUCUAAAGUUGUUUGUUAUGAAUAACGUGGAAUGCUUAAGUCGGGUGACUGAACUCAACCAAAUUCCCAAAUAUAUAGUAUAUAAAGGCUUGCGUUAUUACGAUCCUUAUUACUUCGUUUAUAAGACUUUUUGCAAAUUCCGUUGGCUUGGAAAAUCCGUGGAUGAAAUUUUAACUAAAGAGUUCAAAACUAAAAAUUUUCUUACUUCUGGUCGUGUAGCAAUAAAUGGUACUUCUGUACUCCCCGGCUACCAACUAAAGCCUAAUGAUCUUAUUACUCAUCUCGUUCAUCGUCAUGAGCAUCCCACUACAAAUCGGGCUUUGGAAUUUAUAACUUUUACUUCAAAGUUGAUUGUAAUUAAUAAGCCUCCUUCUCUUCCUGUUCAUCCUGCUGGUCGCUUUAAUUAUGGUUCCGUAACUUUAAGAUUAAAGGAAGAAUAUAAUAUCGCUAAGAUUUAUGUGGUGCACCGUCUUGAUAGACUCGCCUCUGGGAUUCUCAUCUUGCCUCGCACUAAAGAGCUUGCCGAUCUUUAUUUAUCUGAUAUUUACCAUCACAGAGUGGUUAAAAUUUACUUAAGCUUAGUGAGAGGCCGUUUUCCUGAAACUCUUUUGGAAAAUCAUCGGCCUCUAACACUUUUAUGCCCACGACUCGGCAUUUCUUGCACAACUUCUUCAGGAAAAGAAAGCGUGACAAAAUUUAUUCGUUUGAAUUUCGAUGCCAGUAAAAAUGAAAGCCUCGUGCUUUGUCGACCAAUCACCGGCCGCUCUCAUCAAAUUCGCGUUCAUUUAUUGGAUCUUGGAUUUCCAAUCAAAAAUGAUCCGCUUUACGACGAUGCCUGCUGGCUUCCUUGGAAAUUGAACCCUUCGGAAGGAAAUAAAGCGAAUAUUAUAAAAACUCUUCACCAAAAAAUUUAUAAUUUCGAAUUUAUUGAACCUCUUCCAUUAACUAUUUUCCAACGGCAUUCUGAAUUUAAAGAUAACUUUUGCCUGCAUUGUAGAGAACCACAGAAACAAUUUAUAUACUUGCACGCUUAUAGCUACUCGGGACUCGCUUGGGCGUAUAAAUCGGCACUUCCAGGCUGGGCGGCAGGAGUCUCCGAGGGCGCCCUAAAAGAAGCCGUUAGACUUCUACUGGACGAAAAUAAUUCAUGA